AUGCCACGCCAAAAAAGAAGCAGAGGGUUGCCUCCCUCCAAGUUUGGAGGUAUCGACGUAGAUAUCAUCGCUGGAGAAGUUAACCUCUACAAGUACAAUAAUCCCGGCAAGCAGGUCAAUUUCUGGACCAUUCACUCAAGUCUUUGCACUGAAAAUGAUGCCUUCAAGAAGUCAGGUGUCACUCAGGAUGAGCUCGAGUCCUUCUACAAUAAGUAUCACGUUCCAGAGUGGGACGAAAUGUGGGCUGUCAAACGGAUCCAAGACCUUGCCGUCCGUGGAAAAGCGCUGAAGGCCUUGGUUGAUUGGAAGGGCUUCCCUGCGUCAGAUCCUCGGUCUGAGGAAAACUGGCUACCUUUGGAUGGGCUCCAUCCUCGAUACAUAGACGACUAUUGCAAGCGAAAUGCCGCUAGCGGGAUCACUUUGAUCAAGGCCAUGGAGCAGCUGAGUAGGUCUGCUGCGCUCCUGGCCUGGAAAUCUAUAAAAGAGACUAAUGCUGGAAAGGAGAUGGCUCAGUCGGGAAAGUACAUCAUCAUCAACUCCUUAGCUGACGACUCCGCUUCGUCUCAAGCGCUCCACGAGCCCAAGCCGAAGAAGCAAGGAGGCCAGUCCGUGGAACCUACCCCUGACGCCAACCAGGCGAGCCUUCAUGUCAAUGACUUGGAAACUAAGACUGCAAGCAUCAGCAAGUCCAGCCUUGCGCCCAGAGAAUCGUCCGAAGGUGAUACAGAUGACAUUCAUGACGCAGAUGAGGGUAUAGAGUCCAUCUCAAAACGCUCGGAGGAUCAGACGGCAAAGCAGUCGUACAACCCUGUUGCCACUGUAAUCGACAGGGCGCUCACAGGAGCCUACAAAGUUGGAUCCAACAAGCUCCCCAUUGAGAUGGACCUUAGCAACCGUCUCAGAGAAGUGCUCACAAUAAUAGAAGCCAAGGCAUGUCGCAUUAGUAUCAAGCAAUCUUCCAAGGCGUCACCCGGGGGCUUUAAUGAGGCCUCCAUUCUCUUUACCCAUCCCAUGAAUGACGGUACCGUUAAAAAGCGAACCGUUGCACUAAGUCUCGAUGAAGUGGCGGCAGACCACGACGUAGCAGUCUAUGUGUUGAGGGAAUUUGUUAAAAAAUCCACUAUAAAGUGA